AUGGUUUGUUAAAAACUAUUUAUUUAAGCAUUUUUAAUUUUGAUGGUUACAUUAUUUGUUAAAGGAAAAUACUAGUGCAAAGUUAAUAAUCCUGACUAUAGCCUAAAUAAUGACCCAUCUCUACCAACUUGCUAAGAUUCUCCAGGUUGUUUGUGGGAUUUAAGUUAAUGUUCUCCAUGCUAAGAUAGUUAGUGUAUUUGUUAAGAUUAUAAUAUUUGUGAUUCAUGCACGGAUGGCUAUUUUAUAAAUAAUAAUAAUGUAUGUCAAUAAUGCCCUCCAGGAUGCGCAAUAUGCUGCCAAAGAGAAUCACUAACUGAUUAUAUAUGUUCUUAAUGCAGGGAAGAUUACACUCUAGUUGGAGGUGUAUGUAUAUAAACUUUAGGUUGCAGAUAAUUAAUUCCAAAUAGUGACAAAUGUAUAUAGUGUAUAGAUGGAUAUUAUUUAGAUCAAUCUUCUUAAUGUUAGAAAUGUCAUCAAAAUUGUAAAACAUGUUUAACAAAAUAUGAUUGUAUUACUUGUAAUCAUAUUUACUCUAAUGUUUCUGAUGGAGGUAUUUGUGUGGGAAAUGUUACUCCAACUCCCCCUAAGAUAUAAGUACCUGACUGUAUCUUAAAAUAGGAUGAAAGUAAGUAUGGUAUUCCUUCCAAUACGGAUGAAACACCAAAUUGCAAUCCAUAAUUUUACUUUUUAGAUAUUUCAACAGGGAGAUGCAGGUGCAGCUAAUGUAAUGACUAAUAUUAUCUUAAUUAUUCUUUUACUCAAGAAACUUAAUAACUAUCAUAUACUUGUAGUCCUUGUAGCGAUAAAGAUCAAAAUAGCCACAGAUGUUUAUUAAAUGUUAAUGAUCUUAAUGGCAUUACAAUAGUAUAGUGCAAAGAUGGUUAUAUCUUGGACUUAUCCUCAUAGGUAUGUGUUGAUAAUAGUAAUAGUAAUUGCAGAAGAUUAUUUGAUGGAGAUUGUUCUGAUUGUUAUGAUGGUAGAUACCCUGAAUAAGAUCCUGAUGACAAUUUCAAAAUUAAAUGUUAUGAAUAUGAUAAGAAUACAUGCUUAACGCCAAUUAGCAAAGGAACACAGUGUAACAAAUGUGUUGAUGGAUAUUAUUUGUAAGAUAAUGUUUGCUAAUCAUGCAAUUAGGGUUGUACAACUAGUGAUUGUAAGAUUUGUUCUAAGUGUUAAACUGCUACUUAAUGCUUGUAAUGUAGUUCAGGAUACAAAUUAAAGAAUGGUAGUUGUAGUAGUUGUACUAAUCCCUACUGUUCUUAAUGUGAUUAGGUAGAAAAUGUUUGUACUAAAUGCAAGCCAGGAUAUGGGUUAAAUACUUAAUCUAAAGAUGAUACAGACCAGUGCCUGUAAUGCUAGAGUAAUUGCUUAGUCUGUGAUGUAGAUUUUAGAAAAUGUACUAAAUGCUCAGACGGAUUUUAUAUAUAAAAUUUUGUUUGCAAAAAAUAGCCUGAUAAUUGUAUUCUCUAGGAAAACGGAUUUUGUAUAUAAUGUGCCUUUGGGUAUGUAGCCUAAGCUGGUUACUGUAUAAAAUGCAACAAUUAAGAUAUUGGUCAUUACACAUGUCCAUCAAAUUGCGAUGAUAGCCAGAUUUAAUUAGUCGAUCUUUUGUAUUCAUAGGUUCUCAAAAACUCAAUACUUUUUUUUUUCAUAGUAUAUUUUGGAUUUGUGUCUCUACCUCUAAAUAACUUUAGUUGA